AUGAGUCAACCAAACAUCACACUCUACACGACCCAGACUCCUAAUGGGAUCAAGAUCUCCAUUGCCCUCGAAGAGCUGGGUCUGCCAUAUAAGGUCGAGAAGAUUGACAUCUCAAAGAACACACAAAAGGAAGACUGGUUCCUCAAGAUCAACCCCAAUGGCCGCAUUCCCGCUUUGACAGAUACCUUCGACGAUGGCCAGCAGAUCCGUCUAUUUGAGUCCGGUAGCAUCCUGGAGUACUUGGCAGAGCGGUACGACCCAGACUACAAAAUCUCCUUUCCAAAGGGCACGCGGGAGUACUACGAGAUGAAGAACUGGCUCUUCUUCCAGAACGCAGGUCUGGGUCCCAUGCAAGGUCAGGCGAACCACUUCGGGCGGUAUGCGCCUGAGCGUAUCGAGUACGGUGUGAACCGAUACGUCAAUGAGUCGCGCCGACUGUAUGGUGUUUUGGACAAGCACCUCGCCGAAUCUAAGUCUGGCUACAUCGUUGGCGACCACGUCUCUAUCGCUGAUAUUACACACUGGGGAUGGGUCGCUGCUGCUGGGUGGGCUGGUCUUGAUAUUGAUGAGUUCCCGCAUGUUAAGGCGUGGGAAGAGCGCAUGGCUCAGCGACCCGGUGUCGAGAAGGGUCGCCAUGUACCUUCUCCUCAUACUAUCAAGGAUACGCUUAAGGAUAAGGCUUUCGCGGACAAACGGGCUGCUGAGAAUAGGGCUUGGAUUCAGCAGGGGAUGCAGAGCGAUGCCAAGCAGAGCAAGGCUUAA